AUGCGAAAUCACAACCACCGUUCCGUUUCUCAGCUGAUUGCUCGUGGCCAGCGCAGCGGAUCUAUCCCGGAAACAUAUUUGUAUGAAGAUACGAUGGGCGUUCUUUUGCCUACUCCGUACUAUCGAGCGCCGCCAACAGACUCCAAAGAGAGGUUACCCAUGUGGCUAGCUAUGCUUGCGUCUCACUGCGAGAAGUACGACUACGAAGCUUCUUUAACAGAUAAUGUACACGCGGCUACGAGGCUUUCCAAGGGCAGUCUCAAAAACGAUAGACUACGGCCAUCUAGUUUUAACCGCUUACUUAUUCCGGUACGGGUCUCAAUUCUUCAAUUUAUUGAAGAGAGCCUGGAUGAGUCUGCUCCAGGAUUUGCGCUUGAGUGGGAGAGGUUUGAAAGUUUGAUAAGAUUGCCUGAUGCUCUUGAGCGUUAA